CGCCCGAACGUCUUUGGCUCCCCAGUGUCGAUAUUUACAUAUUGAACUAGGUACUAAUUUGAGGCUGAGUCUACCUAAGAGAGGCCCAGGCCCGGCUUAGAUAUUCACCGCUGAUGUUGCCCGUGAGCGGGAUUCUAACCAGAGUCCGCCGGUUUCGUAGCGCAGCGCGUUGAUCGCUGCGCCACCGCUCCCCACGAGACAACACUCCACACACGCGCGUUGACAACCAGAUGGACACGCAGACACGAUAGACAACAGCAAAGGGCUGCCCGCUACUCGUUAACGCUACACCACGGUGUCCCAUGCCAACAACAACAGCAGCAGCAACAACAACAACAACAGCAGCAGCCGCAGCAUCAACAACAACAACAGCAGCCACCCCCGGAGCUGUCGCUGUGGGCAUCGGAUUCCGAUCCCUCCCUCCCUCUCUCUACCACCAUUCUCUCACCCCUCCCGCCCCAUCUCCCUCCCUCUCUCUACCACCAUUCUCUCCCAGCUCCCGCCCCAUCUCCCUCCCUCUCUACCACCAUUCUCUCCCAGCUCCCGCCCCAUCUCCCUCCUCCUUCCUCGCGUCCCUCGCUCGCCUCCUUUGCGCCAUCCACCGCGGGGAGAGGCUGGACGUCUGCGUGGAGGGAGCGGUGGCGCAGUGGUUAGCGCAUCGCGCAGCAAACCCGGCAAAGGACCCCGUUGGAUCGCCCUGUUCACGACCAAUAACAGUGCUCGCCUGACCAGCGGGGCCGAGGCGGCUGUGGUGGUGGUGGAAGACGACGAGGAGGAGGAGACAGAGGUUCGAGGAGGAGGAGGCGGUGGUGGUGGUGAACUCGGAGAAACGUGGAACAACGAAGCCAUCGUCGUCAUCAUGGUGGUGACGGUGGAUUUUGACGAAUGCCUCAAAGACUCGCCGAGAUUUCGGGCGAGCCUCGAAGAGGUCGAGGGCGAUGUGGUGGAGCUGGAGGUCAAGCUGGAGAAGCUGGUGAAGCUGUGCGGGGGGAUGAUCGAGGCGGGCAAGGCGUACAACGUGGCCAACCGCCUCUUCGUCAACGGGCUGCGGGACCUCGUCACCCAGUCCCGCAAGGACGACAUGCUCGUGGAGUGUCUGGACAAGUUUGCCUCAGGCCUGCAGGAGGUCGUCAAGUUUUACACGGUGCUGUUCGAUCAGGCACACCGCUCCAUCAAGCUGCAGCUGCAGAAGUUCGUCAAAGAGGACGUGAAGAAGCUGAAGGAGACGAAGAAGCACUUUGAGAAGAUGAGCGAGGACAUGGAGGGGGCGCUGGCGCGCAACGCGCAGGUGUCGCGCACGCGGCCGCACGAGAUGGAGGAGGCGAGCGCCGCCCUUGCCUCCACACGCAAGUGCUUCCGCCACCUGGCGCUCGACUACGCGCUGCAGAUCAACGUUCUUCAGACCAAAAAGAGACUGGAGGUUCUCGAUUCGAUGCUCUCCUACAUGCACGCGCAGUACGCCUUCUUCCAGCAGGGCUUCGACCUCCUCAACAACCUCGACCCCUACAUGAAGAACCUCGCUUCGCAGCUGGACCAGCUGGUGGUGGAGUCGGCCGUGGAGAAGAGGGAGAUGGAGCACAAGCACGCGCUCAUCCAGCAGAAGGCGACAAUACAGGAGAUCUCGGACGACGGCCGGAUGGACGUGAGCCUGGACUCGCCCACAGGAGUGGUCAUGGAGGGCUACCUUUACAAGCGAGCCAGCAACGCCUUCAAGACCUGGAACAGGCGCUGGUUUUCUAUUCAGAACAACCAGCUGGUCUACCAGAAGAAGAUGAAGGACGGACUCACGGUCGUGGUGGAGGACCUGCGCCUCUGCUCCGUGAAGCCGCACGAGGACAUCGAGCGGCGAUUCUGCUUCGAGGUCGUCUCUCCCAACAAGAGCUGCAUCCUCCAGGCGGACUCGGAGAAGCUGAGGCAGCUGUGGAUCCAGGCGGUGCAGGCGAGCAUCGCCACGGCGUACCGUGACGCGUGCGACGACACGUACGCCAUGCGCCUGGAGCGGAACGCGUCGCCCUCCACGGGAAGCCUGGACUCUGCGUCGGACGCCCGUGACCGCGGGGCGCGAGGCUGCAGCGACAACGUGCUGGCGCGCGUGCAGGCCAUCCGGGGCAACGAGCGCUGCUGCGACUGCGGGCAGCCCGACCCGCGCUGGGCCAGCAUAAACCUGGGCAUCGCCCUCUGCAUCGAGUGCUCCGGGAUUCACAGGAGCCUUGGAGUUCACUGCUCUAAAGUUCGAUCCCUAACCCUGGACUCGUGGGAACCAGAGCUUCUGAAGCUGAUGUGUGAGCUCGGGAACCACGUGAUCAACGACAUCUACGAGGCGAGCGCGGAAGACGUCGGCGGCAAGAAGCCAACUCCGUCGAGCUCACGCCAGGAGAAGGAGAUGUGGAUUCGGGCCAAGUAUGUCGACCGCAAGUUCCUGCGUCCGUUCCCGGAGGCCGCUCGUCUCGCACAGGAGUCCGGGGCCCUGUGGGCCCCUCGGCCCGUGGGCCCCGCGCUGCGCCCCGGCUCCUCCCGCGCUCCGAGCAGCACCGGUGGGAUCAACGCCAACAUCGGCGGCGGCGGCGGCCGCGGCGGAAACACCGGAAUUGGCGGCGGCGGCGGAGGAGGAGGGGGCGGCACCAUGGGAUCCGGAGGCUCCAGGCGGAGCGGAUCGGCGUCCGGCUCUCAGCGCGGCCUGCGAGUGUCGGGCGGCAGCGGGCGGAGGAGGCGGAGGAGGAGCAGCGGAGGAGGAGGUGGUGGGGGCGCGUCGAACGGGCCGGGCCCUGCCGGGAUGCUGCCGGGGGGCGGCGGUGGGGGUGGCCGGAGGGAGACGGGCACCUCGCUGUCGUCGCCGAGACUCCAUCCUGCCGUAGCCGCGCUGGAGAAACAGUUCCGCAGGGACUCGCUGUUCUGCCCGGACGAACUCGACUCACUCUUCUCCUACUUCGACAACGCAGCCGCUGGAGGCGGGGCACGCAAGCCAUCGCAGUCGCCCGUGUCACACCACGGGGAGGAGAUAGAGGGACGCUCUCAUGUGGUGUGUGUGGCGCGUGCUGCGGCAGCAGGGCUCAGCAGUGACAGUGGCCUGGGCGGCAGCUCCGACGGCAGCACGGACAUCCUGGUGUUCGACUCCGUGCCGGAGCAGGCGAGCGAGUGCUCGGACGACUCGAGCCUGGAGGAAGAGGAAGCCGACGAGGAGGAGGAAGUGGGCGGCUUCCGUCAAGACGGCGAAUCCUCCUCCAUCGCCUCGACGAUGGGUAUCGGCAACAACGCGGCCACCGCCACGGCCACCGCCAAGGCCGCCGCGGCCGUCUCGGCGGCGUCGUCUUCGUCGUCCGCCACCAUGCUGCUCAUGUCGGCCGCGAUGCGCUCGCUGGCGCUGCGCGGCCCCCCCGCGGAGGCGACGCCAGCGUGGCUGCUGCGCCGCGCGGCGCUGGCUCGCUGCCUGCCCGUCAUGGCCGAGGCGUUGGCCCACGGCGCCGACGUCAAUCGGCCGAGCGGCCUUGGGGAGCGCGACGACGACGACGACGAGGAGCGGGAGGAGGGGGAGGAGGACGACGAGGAAGGGAACAACGGCGGAGGUGGACGGGGCGCCAGCGCAGACAACGAGGGACGGACGCCGCUCGUUUACGCCGUGUAUGGGGGCUCGCUGCUGGCGUGCGAGUUCCUCCUGCAGAACGGAGCCGACGUGAACCUGCGGGACGCGCGAGAUCGCAGCCCCCUGCACCACGCCACGCAGCUGGGCUACACCGGGCAGGUGUGCCUCUUCCUGAAGCGGGGAGCCAAUCAGAACGCAGUGGACGAGGGCGGCAUGGACCCACUCGGCAUCGCCGUGCAGGCGGCCAACGCCGACAUCGUGACGCUGCUGCGUCUGGCGCGCAUGAACGAGGAGAUGCGCGAGUCGGAGGGCUUCUACUCGCACCCGGGCCACUACCCCAGCAGCAGCCCGACCGAGCAGCAGUACCGCAAAUGCAUCCAGGAGUUUAUCGCUCUGCAGAUCGACGACGGCUAGACGCCCGCCCGCCCCUUCCGCUCCCCCACGCCUCACCCCCUCGCCCAACAACCACCAAACCCUCACCACCCCCCCAACCACCACCACCGACCGCACGAGGCUCAACAUGGCCGACCGCACGAGCGGCUCGUGGAGAGGGCGGGCUCCAGGGGGGGUGCCAGGCCGUGCUCGCGACACUUCCACCGUUAUCCGUCCGCGCCGUUUAAACUCGUUAUUUAUUAACUUCGUCGUCGUUGUUGUUGUUGUUGUUCCCAUCGGGGUUGUCCCCGUUGCUGUCGUUGUCGUUGAUGAUGAUUCUUCAUGUAAACCCGGUGGCUUGUGAGACCCGCCUCGUUUUACCCUCUCGGCUUCCGUAACAAAUCCUCGUGGACCGGGUCUCCACGUCACGUCUCCCGAGUUGGUGAACCUCCCCAGUUGGUGAACCUCCUGAGUUGGUGAACCUCCCGCGCGCCACAACGCAUUUGGCGGUUCCAUUUCCACCCCCCAUUGUUUUUAUAAUGGACCUUCAAAACCAUACCGCUUACACACAUUAUAAAAAACCUUUUACUCUUGAAGACCUUCUUAAAACGAAAUAUGAACGUCACUUAUAUCCCAACCGUAAAUCGUUUAAACUUGCUCUUGAAUGAAUGAAUGAAGAGGGGGUGAAACCAUUUGCAGUCGACCGGUGUUUUUUUACCUGCACUUAAUCAUUUAAUAAUAAUAAUAAAAACGGUGACCGCGAUGGACGGGCGGCAAUUUCCAGACAUUGAAACGCUUCCAAAAUUGAAGCAGGAUUCGUUCUCGUUUUUUUUAGCUGUUGGUUUUAGCCAAAGUUAUUUUAGCCAAAGCGGUUUCACCAAACCGCCUGAAUUCGUUCCGACGUGUGUGUACGUUGAACUCCGUUGGCACCGCGCGUAGCCAACCGUGGCUAUAAUCGGAGGUGCGGGGGAAGGACAACAAACUAAACGCAUUCGUGUAGGAAGCGUGGCCCCCACUGGCCCCGCGUUUUGCGAGCCGCGCUUGAUGCGACGUCUCAACGUCUCUGUUUUUUUUCCACCGAGAAAGGCUCACCGAGUCUCGACACUCGUUCGCCCUUUCCCGCCGGCACAAUCGUGCCGUGCCGGGGACACGCCAGCCGGCCCGGGGGGGGGGACACGGGGGGACACGUGGGGACGCGGGAGGGACACAAAAGCCGAGUCGUGCCGAGUCGUGCCGCGCCGCUGACGCCGCUCCGCAACACAUGCGUACGACACGCGUGUGACCUCGUAGCGUGCCGACAGACAUCGCGCAAAAUGAGCACGUCCUUCGUAGACCUUCGUAGACCUUCGUAGACCCGCACCCCUGGCUCUGCUGGGGCCACGAGCCGGAUUCGCACGUUUCGUUAUUUUUUUUCGCUCGCCGGUCAGCAUACCAGUUUGGGUGGGGGGGCGGCCCCCUCACUCUCUGAAUCUCAGCUCCACACGUGGGACAUGGAGCCGAGUCUUCUUUAUGGAAUACGGUCACGCGUCUCCACGCGCGUGCGUGUGUGUGCGUGUGUGUGCGCGUGGACGAGGAAAACUGGAACGCCCAGAGAAAACCCAACACGGACGGAGUUCGGGGGGGGGGGGGGGGGUUGGGGAGCGCUCAAACCUACUUGCUGAACGUACCCACUGCUUGCUAUAGGCGGCACCUCGACCGCACGUUUCCCGCGACAAGCAUGUUCAUCAGACAUCGUCGUCGUCGUCUUCAUCACCUGCCGAUUCGGGCCUCUCAUCUUUGUGCGAUCCACCAACACAAUCGUUGAAUCACUCUGUUUAAAGAGUUUUUUUUUGUCUCUCCCUUCCACAUUCCUGUGGCGGAAGCCAGUCUGUCCAUGAACACAAACUCUCUCUUAAUCACCGCAGUCUCUUUCUUGAUGUAGCACGCGCUCACACAAACCAACACACAGACAGAAAAAAAGCAGCAAAGAUCAUCCAUGUAGCCUCGAACAGAUUCGGGGCAAGUGCUGUUCUGAGCAUCUAUGAAGGCUGGCACAGCACCACGCCCGGUCUCCUUUGCAACGCAGCGCGCUAACCGCUCCACCACCGCUCCCCACACGGAUGAACACGCACCUGGACACAGGUAGAUACACAGGUGGGCACGCAUGAAGGUCACGUGGGUGGACGCACACCUGGAGACUGGUAGAUGCAAAGAAACACGCCCACAGGGUAGACAAGCAGCCACACUUCCCCACGUGCAGUCCAUACAGGGGGCGUUUAAGGUGGUGUAUUAACCAACGUUUCAAUAACUCGUAGGCUUUCGCGACCAAUAUCAUCCAUGGUACAGGUUUUUUUUGGGUUAGAUCGCGUAGAUAUAUAAAUGUGUCGUUAAACUCGCCACCAGGUACAAGAAUAAUGGGCUUGCCUAAUGCGCAUGCAUAAUAUGAUUACCAUAUAAAUAACUCGAACGGCAAUGGAUUCCCAUAGUCAUUUAUAUGCAUUAAUUCUCCUCCCCCCAUUCCGCGCAAGAAGAGCACACGAGUGACGUCAUCGCAUCUCCCCCUCUAUUUAAGGAACGAAUAUGGAAGAUUUCUCCACAAAUCUGUCGCCUGAUGAAGCUAGUUGUAAUUACUGGCGAAACGUCGUACUCAGAUUUUAAAUGUUUGUGGCUUUCCUCUCCAACACACCGGUGUUGCUGUACUAGAAACGAAUUGGCACGUUCUGUUUACGUGACAAACCUUAUUAAUUGGCUGUGUCGGAUGGUGGCGGGUUUAACGACACAUUUAUAUACUUACGCGAUCUAACCCAAAAAUAACUGCAUUAUGGUCUCAAUAACUGCAGUAUAUACGCGAUGGUGAACGUGAAACUGGGCUUUUUGUGGAUAAAGGCACCACCGAUUAUCACGGUAGACUACGCAAGGUUCGAAAGAAGUUCAACACACACACACAUGCAGUACCGUGCCCAUGUGGGUGUGGGGAACUAAUCCACUACAGUCGUGAUGAUGGCGAUAACGAUGCUUAUAUUGAGGUGGUUAAUGGUUCUAGAGAUCAGGGAUAAGAUGAAAAUGGUUAUGGCAACAGAUGGUGGUGGUGGUGAUAAUUAUUAUGAUGAUAGGGAUCAGGAUUAUAAUAUUGUCAAUGAUUAUGGUGAUGGUGAUAAUUGUGAUGAGGAUGGUUGGUGAUGAUGAUCGUCAUGACUAUUGAUGAUGGUCAUCGACGAUAGUGAUGAUGAUUAUUGAUAAUGGUUAUAUACGAUAGUGAUGAUCAUAUUGUUAUUUUGGUAGAUGAUGGUGAUGAUGAUGAUUAUUGAUGACGGCUAUAGACUACAGUGAUGAUGAUAAUCAUAUUGUUAUUCUGGUAGAUGAUGGUGAAAGUGAUGAUGAUGAAGAUUGUGGGACUUGCCGGUGAUGCCAUCAACCACACCAUCUCUCUAGACCCAAAGGGUCGUCGUCAACCUGCAGCUACGGAGCCGCUGCUUCGUGCCUGCCGACACUAUAAUUGCAAAGUUUAACAGCAACAAAAACUAAGCUCACUAUUAUUUUCGAUAAACGGUGAACGUCUAAAAGGCCAUCGGUGAUUUGCAGUGCGGCGUUACGAAUCGGCGCGUGUGCUCUUGUGAAAUAGUGGUGAGGGACGGUGCGGUUUGACGUUACUCACGAGGUGCCGUCUCCUAUUCACCACGUGCGUUGCGGCUCUCGACAUAUUGAGGUUUUGUUGACCGAAUUCGACAAGGUGAGGGAGGGAGGGGGGAGAAGCAAUGACGGGGCCAAGAUGUUUGGGGCGGAUGAGCGCGGGGUGACGAUGGGAGGAGAGGAGGGGACGAGAGGAAGGAGCGAGUUGAGAAGUAAUCUGCACAGAGGGAGCGGCGUCUGUUUUCACAGUGGGCGGCAGGGGGGGGGGGGUUCAGAGUGGGAGUGGCCACACGCGAGUCACGUGAUUAAACACGGGAGGCUUGAGCUGAUGUAUCUAUACAGUCGUCGAGAUUACAUUUGGGGUCCCAAAAAUCGACGGUGGAGGGAAAACGAGUGUUCGUCAACGGAGUGUUUGUUAACCGAACGAGUGUUUGUUAACUGAACAAUGCGAAUCCAUCGUGGGUGCCGAGCGGGUCUGGUGGUCGAUCGAGAGCACUUUAUAAUCCUUGUCAAGACACGAGCCCUGAACCAUACAGAACCCUCGCACGUGGAGACGGGGAGGUGGGUGGUACGGGGCAGAUCGCACCUCCAGAGCAAUUACCUGCCGCUGCAAAUUCCUGGCCACGUAUCUAGCACCGUACUUGCUGCUCUUGCGUUUAUGUGAAGAAGAAAACGAGAGAAGUGUAAUUAUUGUGCAAACUCUCAUAGUGUGCGAGAGAGAGAGAGAGAGCCGGUGGAACGAAAUGGUGCUUAACGGGAUGCACUGAGAAGAGACGUGGCAUCGUGGCUUGUCGAAUUUCUUGAAAGGAAGAAAGUUUGGAUGAUGGGGUUACAUCUACAGAGGUAGAUCGUGUGGUGGUGGUGGGGGAGCUCUGCUUGAGAGGGAGGAGGCGGCGGUGGUGAACAAUUGGGCGCUUGAGACGAAGCAGUGUCGUCCUCGCAGAGCGUGGUGCGUGUGGGGCGACUGGCACGUGGUUUGGGGUGGCCACCACGCGGUCUGGGGGGGGGGUCAGCUAAUUAAAUGGGGGUCACAAAGACAUCGGGUACCAACCCUGUACACCUACGGGCCCAUGCCACUGUCUGUGGGUCUCUCGUACGAGGUGAAUCUGUGGAUCCUCGUACGAAUCUGUGGGUCUCUCGGUGACUCCACGAGCACCUGUGUUCGUCCGUGCACAGGCCCGGUCUUGUGUGAAGCCAUGGGCAGUGGCGUAUCUCAAGUUGUUGUUGUUGUCUUCGGGUGCGAAGGCGGUGCAACUGCGCCGGGCCACACAGUCCGGAGGGCGACGAAGAGAGUUGGGGUAGUCACACGGAGUACUGUACAACACCGAACUGGCAAAGCUUCCGCGCAGCGCUGCGGUGGACAAUUUUUUUGGGGGGGAUAAAUAACGAAAGUGACUUUUUGUCUUACUAACCCAUUGUUUACACUUCCCGUCAACCGCACGGCCUUCUGGGAGCGCGCACAUUCGGCAGUAUUGGUUCAUAUUCGAGCAACAACAAACAAGAAAAUCGUGCUGGCCGGUUUCGACGCGCGGUGUCUCAUCAGCAGAAGUCGGUACACCACUUGAACCGAUAAUGCUGGUGAACUAUCAGAUGGUCAUAGGCAAUGACCCCCCCCCCCCCCACACACUGUAUAGGAUGGGUCCUAUUUCAACGCAGGCAACCGUAAUGAGGCGGAGAAUUUGCCUCCUUGACUUCAUCUGUCCCCAGUGGCCUUCCAGGAGUCACGACCUCGCGGUGUCUCGGUUCAAAUCGCCACGCCCCGAAGCCGGGUUUCGCCUUUCUGGAGUUCAUCAACAAAGCCGGGAUUGCGAACCGAGUGUGUUCACUGCCGGCUUUACCAGAUGGUGUUGUUGGUAAGAAGUGUCCUCACUAACCCCCCUCCACAAAGGAUGAUAUUGGUAGGAUAAUAUUGGUAGGAUAAUAGCGGUAUAGGAUAACCCCCUCCAUAGAGGGUGAUAUUGGUCGGAUGAUAGUGGUAGGAUGAUAUUGUUAGGAUCACCCCCUCUAUGAAGGGAGUUAUCCUACCAAUAUUAUCCUACCAAAAUUAUCCUACCAAUAUUUCCCUACCCAUAUCACCCGGUCAAAGACCGUCUCGAGCGUCAACUUUACAUUGGAUCGACCAUGCGAGUAUGCACCGCGUGUCGAACUUCUUUCGCACCGUACGAAGCCAACCGUGCUAAUCGGAGGUGCGGGGUGGGGAGACAAAUGAAACGUAACGCACGAGAAGCGGAUCUAAAGAAAUUCGUGUUUCAGUGGCCGUGUGUGAGAGCAGGGCUCGAGGUGACCUGGGGGCAUUUAAGUCUGCCAGUAGGGGGCCAUCCAUUUCGCAGGUACGCAUAAAAUCUGUCGAAACUUGACCCCUCCCCCCGUCCCUGUACGCACGCGGACUUUUUACACCCCCACCUGCCUGCGCACCCCCCGAAUCCUGUAGAACGGCCGAUAUUUAAUCCACGCAGAAACGAGCAAUGAUGAAUAAUAUUAAAGUGUUUAAACGAACAGAUAGUCCACCGACGGACUCUCUAACUCAUUUGAAGGCCAAUGUAGACAAAUUAUUAUCGAGGCUUCACCCUCCCCCCCCCGUUUCCUAUGCGUACAUUGUCAGUAGACCCCCCAUACGCAAGCGUACGCAUUUGGGUUAACCCCCCUCCCCCCUCCAUGCGUACGUACUCAAUGGAUGGCCCCUAGGAGGCUGGGGGGGCAGCGAUUGGCCGUGUUGGUCGUUCCAAUCGAGUCGUCUGCGGGCAACUCUCAAAUUUGUGGCAAAUAUUUGACGGCCACAACGUGGGUGUCAUUAUUGACGAAUGUGAUUUUUUGAAUGUUUGUUUUUAAUUUGUGCUUUGUGCACAGCUGCCUACGCAGCAGCAUCACCAAAAUAAUAAUUUGCCCGAACAGACAGCUUCGCGAAACCUCACUUGCCGUACUGCCCAUCUUCCGGCCACCAUUGCAGCCCCAAGUGGUCUGGAUCGGCCACCAAAAGCGACUCCGCUGAUGAGCUCCAGAACGGAGAUGAACCCGCGGUCCUAGAGCCCCUUUGUGUUGGGUGGAGGCGCUCACGCCGAUCCUCCGUAGAUAAACAACAACAACAACAAAAAUGCUCAAUUUGUAUUUGUUGUACGUGGAGAUACCAAAACAAAGGUGAUUAUUGCUGGCAAUGUGUUUACUAAGCGGGUGCUCUGCGAUUGGUUCCAGUUGACGGUUGUCGCGUGGGUAACUCACGUCUCGCGGUAUGGAGACGUGGGGGAGGGGGGUGGAAUUACGUGAAUUCGAUGAUAACUUAAACUUCGAAUGCGGAUAAUUGUUAUUCAUAUUAAUAUCGCUUUAACGCCGCGUCUGACCUAUUUUACGACAGUCCCGUUUGACUAAGUUGCUUAUUUAUUAUCGUCGUUAUGGCUACAGUAUUAUUAAUAUUAUUACUGAAAAACAGUGUGGGUGAGUGCGUGUGUGUGUGUAUCUGGGAUGGAGAGCGGUGGCGGAGUGGUUAGCGCGCUGCGCUACAAACCCGGCGACCCGAGUUCGAUUCUCGCUCACGGCCAACACCGGUGACGAUUAUCUGAACCGGUCCUGACCUCUCUCCUAGGUCAGCUCAGCGUUAAAUGAAUGCAUGGUGCGAUGUGUAAAAGCGUCAGCACCGGGAAGACAAAGGCGGCCAGGCAUGGUGCUGGCCACCCACCCCCUCGUGUGCCGUGCCGGCCUUCAUAGGUGCUCGCUACCAGCACUUGCUCCUCCAGUCUAUCAAAGUCUAUAUGGGGGAUCUUUGUCUUUUUCUCUCCCACUACACCCACAUAACCUUCCCGCAAGUUAGUUCCCAUGAAUUGUAAUUCGCAAGUGAUUGGUAAUCGAUUCGUUUUAAAACGCCGUGAACGUAGCAGCCUCUGCUGGCUGGGAGCGAGGUCACAUCGACACAAGGGACACAGCGUUUAAGAAUCGAGAAACAUUGAUUUUAAUCGAUGAAGAGGUGCGCCCUAAUAUCUAUUCCCCUAGUCAAGUGUGUGCGUGUGGGUAUAUUGAUGUUAGUGCAUGUCUGCAUGUGUGUGUGUGUACAUGUGCGUGAGUGUAUGAGUGGGGAGUGGUGGCGCAGUGGUUAGCGCACUUCGCCACGAACCCGGGUCGGGCUGCGUGAGUUCCAUUUUUCGACGACGGCCAACAUCCGUGGCGUGCGGGAGAUCCGAAAAAAAAACGAUCUCGCCCGGGUGUCUCCCAUGGGGUUGACUCAGCCGUAAAUGAGUACCUGGUGGGAUGCGUCCACCACCGGCACUGGGGAUACGAAGGAAGGAAGGCCGGGCAAGCGUGGAGAUGGUCCGGCCUUCAUAGGUGCUCGCUAACAGCACUUGUCCCCUGCAGUCUAUGAAGGCUAUACGGGGUGGGCGGGCCUCUUUGUCUUUGUGUAUAUACAGUAUUUGCGUAUGAGGUGUAUGUAAUACAGUACAUUUAAUUUUAACGAGAUAUUAAAACGUGGGAAAAACCCACAGCCCUUGAUAUAUCCACUGCUGGAUGAAUGGGGUGGAAGCGGGUGGCCCAGUGUGGACAGCCGCACUGCGUCACACCAUUAACCCUUUGCGAGCCGAGUUCGACUCCCGGCUAACAUCAAGUUGGCGAGUGAUGUAACGCCCCCCACCCACAUCACCAGGCCACACUGACCAGCGCGGUGAAGUAUGGUCACCGCCCCCCUCCACCCCCCCCCCACCCCCCAUGACUGGCACGACAUUGGGGGUGUGGGGGUGAGUCCUUUAUUCAGCAGUGGUUUAACAAAGGUCCGUAAAUUAUUAUGAUUUUAUAUUGAUGUUAAUAUUAUUAUCGUUAUUGAUUGCUAUUGUAUAAAAAACGAAUUAAGAAACUCUCUCCACACACACAAAGUGUUGCACUUUUCUCCCUCCCCCCCCCAUGCAAUUUCACGUUUUGCCGCUCGCGUGAUUUAUUUUUGUUGGCUCCGGUGGUCGUGAUGAGCUCCUUGUUGAAUGAAACCU